GACCUGGCAACCCGACUGUCAGCUAUAGUGAACGGGGACUCAGCGUGAGCUACAUCUCUCAUCUAAGCAGCGUCUCUCCAUAAAGACUGCCUUACAUGUAAAAGCUUAUUUUGGACGGUUGUAACUGGCAACCACCUCACAAAGCCAAGUUUCCAGCAACAAUAGGUACAUUCUGUGACAUGCUGAACAUGCAGCAUCCUGGCUCAUUCAGCUCCAACAGCUUGAAGAAGACUUAAAAGGCGGCUGCGCUUUGGUUAGAGUUUGGACCGACUGUUUGUGGAGAAAUGGGGAACACUGCCACCAAGUUUCGUAAGGCUCUCAUCAACGGGGAUGAGCUCCUAGCCUGCCAGCUGUACGAGAGCAACCCGCAGUUCAAGGAAGCUCUGGAUCCCAACGCUACUUAUGGAGAGUCCUACCAGCAUAACACUCCAAUGCACUAUGCUGCCCGACAUGCUAUGAUGCGCCUACUCAGGUUGUUUCUUCUAAACAAAGAUGGCAAUCCUAACAAGCGUAACGUGCACAACGAGACGUCUCUGCACCUUCUCUGCAUGGGGCCUCAGAUCAUGACCUCAGAGGGAGCGCUGCAGCCGCGGAUCUCACGACCAAAUGAAGAUGAGCAGCGUCAAACCGAAUGCCUGCAGAUCAUCUUGUCUUGGACAGGAGCCAAGCUGGACCGCGGAGAGUAUGAAAGUGCUGAUAUCAAUGCGGCUGACAACAAGAAAAACACCUGUCUGCACUAUGCAGCUGCCUCAGGCAUGAGGACCUCGGUUGAGUUACUGCUGCAGAGGGGAGCGGACCUGUUUGUGGAGAAUGAAAACCGCGAGACUCCAUGUGACUGUGCGGAGAAGCAGCACCACAAGGAUUUGGCCCUCAGCCUGGAGUCACAGAUGGUCUUCUCUCUGGCCCCUGAGGCAGAGGGUAUAGAAGCAGAGUAUGCAGCCCUCGAUCGAAGAGAGUUGUACGAAGGCCUGCGGCCUCAGGACCUGCGUAGGCUGAAGGACAUGCUGAUAGUGGAGACGGCGGACAUGCUGCAAGCUCCUCUUUUUACUGCUGAAGCUUUGUUACGUGCCCAUGAUUGGGACAGAGAGAAGCUCCUGGAAGCCUGGAUGAGCAAUGCGGAGGAAUGCUGCCAACGUUCAGGGGUGCAGAUGCCCAACCCGCCUCCAAGUGGCUACAACGCCUGGGACACGCUGCCAUCACCCCGCACUCCUCGCACCACCCGCUCCUCCGUCACCACCCCAGACCAAAUCAGCCUCUUUGCGGGAGAUGACGAUUCAUCUCUGUGUGGUAUCUGCAUGUGCUCCAUGUCCUUCUUUGAGGAACCUGUAGAUAUGUCCUGUGGCCAUGAUUUCUGCAGAUCAUGCUGGGAAGGGUUUCUCAACCUAAAGAUUCAAGAGGGAGAAGCCCACAACAUAUUUUGUCCUGCCUAUGAUUGCUACCAGCUAGUACCAGUGGAAGUUAUAGAAAGUGUGGUCUCCCGAGAGAUGGACAGGCGCUACCUCCAGUUUGACAUUAAGGCGUUUGUGGAAAACAAUCCAGCAAUACACUGGUGUCCUGUGGCGGGAUGUGAAAGAGCCGUACGACUGAAUACUCAGGGCCCAGGGACCUCCAGCGCGGACCCUUUGAGCUUUCCUCUGCUUCGGGCCCCUGCUGUAGAUUGUGGAAAGGGCCACCUCUUUUGUUGGGAAUGUCGGGGAGAGGCACAUGAGCCCUGUGACUGUGACACCUGGAAGCUGUGGCUUCAGAAAGUCACUGAAAUGAAACCUGAAGAAUUGGCUGGUGUAAGCGAAGCUUAUGAGGAUGCAGCCAAUUGCUUGUGGUUACUCUCCAACUCUAAACCCUGCCCAACAUGCAAGUCUCCAAUACAGAAAAAUGAGGGCUGCAAUCAUAUGCAAUGCGCUAAGUGUAAGUACGACUUCUGCUGGAUCUGUUUGGAGGAGUGGAAAAAGCACAGCUCUUCAACUGGUGGUUACUACCGCUGCACUCGUUACGAAGUCAUCCAGCAGGUGGAAGAACAGUCGAAGGGGAUGACAGAAGAGGCAGAGAAGAAGCACAAGAGCUUUCAGGAACUUGAUCGUUUUAUGCACUACUACACACGCUUCAAGAACCAUGAGCACAGCUAUCAGCUUGAGCAGCGUCUGUUAAAAACAGCCAAAGAGAAGAUGGAGCAGCUCAGUCGAGCCCUGAGUGGAAGGGAAGGAGGCCCUCCUGACACCACGUUCAUCGAAGAUGCGGUCCUAGAAUUGCUCAAGACUCGCCGCAUCCUAAAGUGCUCUUAUCCUUAUGGGUUCUUUCUAGAACCCAAAAGCACAAAGAAGGAAAUCUACGAGCUUAUGCAGACUGACUUGGAGAUGGUGACUGAGGACUUGGCACAGAAGGUUAACAGGCCCUACCUGCGAACUCCCCGCCACAAAAUCAUUCGCGCUGCUUGCCUUGUGCAGCAGAAGAGACAAGAGUUUUUGGCCUCAGUGGCAAGAGGGGUGGCCCCAAAUGACUCUCCUGAAGCCCCCAGACGCAGUUUUGCAGGUGGAACAUGGGACUGGGAAUAUUUAGGCUUCGCAUCACCUGAGGAAUAUGCAGAGUUUCAGUACAGGAGGAGACAUCGGCAACGAAGGAGAGGGGACAUGUCCAGUGUCCGAAGCAACACACCCGACCCUGAUGAGCUCAGCGACACCAUUUUAGAAGCUCAGGAUGUAGGAGGUGGUCGCAGACCUGCUCAUUUGAUGGGCCUUGACUCCCUGGAUGAGGACGACCCUAACAUUUUACUGGCCAUCCAGCUGUCACUCCAAGAAUCAAGGAUGGCAGAGAUCGGCGCCAACCACGAUUUCCUCGCCAAUGAAGCCUCACUUGGCGCAAUUGGCACUUCCCUGCCUUCCAGGCUUGAGCAGAGCUCUCCGGGUGUCGAGGUCCUCCCAAGAGCUUCUCUGAGCAGCUCAGAGCUGCUGGAGCGAGGAGAUAACGUGCCGAGGCUGGGCAACAUCAGCAGCCAGUACUCUACAAGCCCCGGCGGCCCCACCUCUGUGAAAUACUGUGACAUUGACCGCCGGGUGCAGAAACCAGCCGCCCUUGGUGGCAGCAGCUCCUCCACCGGCUUCUUCUCUUCCUCCACCGAUGUGACAGACUCCACCACAUGUGGCAGUAGCGACCCAUCGUCAUCUGCCUUGCCAACCAAUGCCAAUCUGCUUGGAAACAUUAUGGCUUGGUUUCACGAUAUAAAUCCACAGGGUAUCACUCUGGUUCCGCCAUCCUCCUCAAACGACGACUCCGACGUGGGUCCGCUUCAGGAAGGCAGGGAUGGACACCCGCAGGACGAGGAGAGGGCUGGUUUUAGCGUCUUCGCUGAUGGUGGAAAACCUCAGGAGGCAGAUGUAGGUUUCUCCACUCAGAGGUCAAGCGACAUGGAGGAGAACAGCUGUGCUGUCGCCGAGAGGCCAACUCAGUUAGAUCUGGUGGGGUUGGACGCCACCCAGCUGCCUUACAUGGCAGAGCCUGAUAGUAGUGGAGAGCAUGCCGAGUGCACCGACUCAAAGGCCAGCCAUGUUGACAGUCCACGCUCCGACUAUGCCUCUGACCAGCUGCCCAGCACCAGCUCCUCUGAGUGGGAGGACCACUCACACUUGUUUUGAUUUGCUUGGCUGGAAUUGGAAGGUUUACUGAAGGCCAAAACCACUACAGACAGGAAAGCAGUUUCUAGAAGCUGCUUGUGUGGAAUGUAUUAAGAAUGAAGAAUGUGUUGGUUUUACAGCCAUAGUGGGGAAAAAAUAAAUCAGUUAAGUUUAAGUGCAGGAACUUUAAGCCAGCAGUAAAAUCAGAUCUUAGAUUUCCUUUUUUAGUAUUGUGAGCACACUGCAAUAAAAUAAAUAAAAGGAAGAACUUAGAAAUUUCAAUUAGGAUGCAGCCUGAUGGAGGGGGGAAAAAAAACUGAAUCUCCUUCCUAGAUUCAAGUGGAAUGGAGUUAAAAUAUCUAGCAGGCGUUUUCUACUGGAGUAUAGCCUACUGUAUGACUGAAUCAGGUGUUAAAGAGCAAAUUUAUACAUUGCUAUUGUAUUCAAACAAUUUCUAUAGAAGGUUCUUAAUGCUGUUCAUAUCAGCUUACUUUACAGGGUGCCAAACAGAUUUAAAAGCACAGUUUGUCGUCACCAAGUGGAUUCUUUUAAGCAAAUUGUGCCUGAUUACCACAAUCUCUGAAAACCUGCAUGUCCAGAGCCAUACUUUUUUUUGCUUUGAAGUUGUGGCUCCAUGUUAUUUUCAAAUCCCACUCACUAAAAGCUGUUGCGUGCUGUGUAAAAUUGAAUAGUGUUAACACUGCAGUGGUUUCAGACAUUAUGUGAAAGUCGCUUUCAAGAGAGGAAAAGGUUAUUUGUUCAACUGAAAAGCAGGUGGCCUGCUCAAAAAAAAGAAUGGAUUUGACAAUAGUUAUUCAUCUCUAAGAGCUUCAGUCUGAAUAGGAAGUGUCCUCACAGCUAAAAAAGAAGAAUACGCUGACAGAUCCCGCGGGGGCCGCCCUGGUGGAAUCAGCUCCCACAUUUGGAACUGAAUAAUUUGUAGCUCAUGUGAAAACCUUUGAGCUGAAUGUUUAAUGUGAAAAACAUGAGAGACUUUGUUUGUAUGCAGCAGGCAGGGUCAGCCAAUAAGAAAACCAGGCAAUCACUUCCAGUCCUAUUUUCUUUAAUUAUUACAGCUUGAGUUGUGUAUAGUGGAUUCAACUCUGCAGGGGAGUGCAUGAAGACAUCCUCGAAGUGUGAAAGGGGAGUUGAUGUUUUUGAAGCAGUUUUCAGUGAAACUGCAGAUUUAGUGCCUUUGUGUCAGUCUUCAUGAUUCACUUCUUUUUCCACCGUUUUUCCGGGUGCCAUUUGCACAGACUAAAACACCUGUUACCUUAAAGAAGCGUCUCUGUUAUAGCAUUUAGUGGUCAAACACAAACAUUUUGUUGUUUUUUUAUUAAUCCAGACAUUUUGUAGCAUGUGCAUUUUGGUUUGUUCACAUCAUAAUGCAUCGAUGAACAAAACUGAUAGUUUAAUGGUUUAAUAAAAAAUGUUACUGUUCUAUUGUUAGUAUUAUAUUUAGAAGGGCUCUCCGCCCUGGAUUUCCAAACGGUUUUUCUUAAAAAAAAAAAAAAAGGCAAAUCAUUUAUUUCCAUAAAGUUUGUCGACAGUGUUUGUAUCAUGUAUCUGAAGACGAAUUGAAAAAGAAUAUAACGUAGGUAUUUCUGCUUCUAUUAAUAACUUGUGAAUAAUGGGAUGAAAAACAAUCAUGUUUGACCUUCCAGAAUACAUUUUAUGUACAGACUCAUGUCUGAUUCCAGUAAAUUAACUUUAUAAAAGUUGAUGCGUGGUGCAACACUAAAUCUAACAGCAGUUAUUGCUUAAGUAUUCAGAUUGUCAGUGCCAUAUAGAUAACAGAUAUAUGAUGGUUGGGAGUGUCCCAAUCAAAGAGGACGUGUUUCUCUGUGUAAUGAGUGCAAUUAAAGGAGGUUCUACUUACGUUUCACCUCUAAUCGCUUGGUCUAUUUUAAGAAAUGAUAACUUUUUAAACUCAUUAAGUUUUUCUAUUGUAAAGCAACUAGUUCUUAAAAUGUUGUUUGCACUUUCAUAGUCUAUACUUGAUACAUUCCCUCUUUAUAUGAAAACUGUUUGGUGUGUGAUGCCAAUAAACUGUGCUGAUUUUUA